AUGGUGAUCACCUUCACCUUCAACUUGGAUUAUUGUAGGAAAGCCAGUUUUUGGGAAAGGAAGACACAAUCAAGACUAGUCGUUAAACGUAUACGCUCAAAAGCUCCUGAAUUUUUUUUGCACAACACGACGACGUUCAGACACAUCCACCAAGCAUCCUCAGUGCGCACAAUCCAAGCCAUCGCAAGAUCCUCCGCAGAUCUAGUACUUGAUCACACUCUGAAAACCAUGACUUCACCACAAGAAUCGAGUUCUAGCUCUACGAAGUCACCUGUCUUAGAUCGAAAGUCAGUCUCAGCACCACUCACACCACACAUCGAUACUUCAAACUCAUCCACCACCUCCUCAACAGCUGUUCUGUCACAGGAAUGCCGGCCAAAAGAUAGCAGCUCAGCUGAAGUUCACAAUACCUCUCCUCCUAUCACACAACUAUCAUUCUCCAGCCGCUCAGAUCUCACCAUCACCGCCCCUGACACCCCACCACCAAGCUUCGAUCAUCGUACCCUUAGGCCCUUGACAGAAGUGCUAGCCUCAGAAACAGGUGGACUGGGACUCUUCGCAAAGCGAGACAUACCUGCAGGAUCAAUCAUUCUCUACGAACCGCCAUUGCUGGUUAUCCCAUCUACCAUCAAUGUCGCUCUAACUCCUCACAUGGAGCGCGAGAAAAAGGAGCGAGAUUUCAAAGACGAAGUUCCGAACGAACUGCUUGAAUUGAUCCAAGGAAUGGAAGAAGAGAAGCGCAAGGAAUUUUACGGCCUUUGCGCGCAUAAACGUGAUGAGAGGGAAAGUAUUGACUUGGCUAUUAUAUGGACGAAUGGAUUUGAGAUUCUCGAUGGCAAAGGGACGGGAAUAUUUGAUAUCUUGAGCAGGAUUAACCAUUCUUGCGUUCCUAACUCGAGGGUUGUUUGGUGUGAUGCGAAGGAUGAGGAGCUACCGGCCAAGCAAGAUGGAGGAGAUGAUGAGAUCCAGAUACAGGAACUUAUGGAAGGAAACGGAAAAGAAGAAGGUAGAAUGAUGGUAUAUAACUCGUUCCCUCUAAUGGAAGGAGAAGAGAUCACGAUCGACUACGGCCAUGGAGUUGGAUGGUUGAAAAAGUGGUAUGGAUUUGAAUGUGCCUGUGGUUGUUGCACUGAUGGAAGCGAUUCUUCUUCUUGCUUAGAUGAAGAGCUGUUUCCUGAUGCGGAAGAUGAGUAA